AUGGCUACACCUGAGCCUGCGCCCGCUGACCCGUGGUCGAGCUGGCAGCCUCAGACAGCAUCCGGCGACCAUCAGCCUGCUGAAGUAGAAGCCCCGGGUCAUGCUCCAUUACCCGAUCCGCCGCAAGGUGAAGACCAGCAGACGAGUGGUCCGGCGCCAGACCAAGGUAGCGAUUCUCCGGAAUGGCAUGGGAGAGACUGGCGACAGCGAAGCUGGACUGAGCACGAUGAGAAUGCAGACUGGGGAGCUGCCCAUUGGGGUCGGCAGCAAUCCUGGUCAUACCACGAGUGGAACCACAGGUACCCGGAGGACAGCCACACCUGGCAUAGACACUCCGGCGACUGGACCGGGACUACCGGGUCUACACGGGACUCCGACCAUGGCUCGGACACGCAGUGGCCAGGCCGCUGGUCGGGCACCGAGGCCCCGCGCACGACUUCUACCUGGACUCCAGACAGUGCCCCUACGGGAACUUCGAAUGGCGAUGAGUGGGAGACCAGGAAGGCCCAUAUCUCAGAGCGUAUGGCAGUGCCUUCAUUCUCUGCCGAGGCCACUGGCGACGACCUCGGUGCCAGUGCACGGUCAUAUUUGAGGCAAAUAGAUGCAUGGAUCAAAGUGACCAGGACCCCACAGCACCAACAAGCCCUUCUCCUCUACCAGCACCUGCAAGGACGCGCCUGGGUCGAGUCCGAAGAACUCUCGGUCGAGCGCCUCGCAUCGGACCAGGGGGUCACAGUGUUUAGGCAGUGGGUGCAAGAGCGCUAUCAAGAAGUUGAGGUCUCAAAAGUUGCCGAGGCCCUGACCCACUUCUUCCGGAAACUACGAAGAGGGCCACAGCAGAGCAUCAGAGAGUUCAACUCCUCUUACGAUAGGGCCCACACCCGACUACUUGAGAUAGAUUGCCGACUACCUGAAGUUGCUCGGGCAUGGGCGUACCUCAACGGCUUGGGCCUCUCGCAGAGCGAGGAGCUCGGCAUCCUGGCUUCUGUCGGCAACGAGUACAACACGACCAGGCUGCAGCGGGCUGCGAUCCUACAUGAGAAGAGCCUCAAGGGUCACUGGCAGUAUCGCCGGGGACAAACUGGCGACGACGCUCGCCGAGGCGGGGUCUACAAGAAUGCGAAGGGUGCCUACGUGACAGAGCACAACGAGGACUCGGAUGGCGAGGUGAACUCGACUGGGGGCGACGAGCUGCCCGAGGAGGAGGCAGCGGAGUUGCACGAGGCCUACAUGGCGCAGGAGAGCGCCAAAGCGAAAUACCGCGAGAUCGCAAAGGCCCGGGGAAUCAACCCCGAUCUUGUGAAGAACGACGGGAAGACCCCAGGCGAGAAGCUCCAGAUCGCGAAGUCCAGAAGCUUUUGCUCAGGGUGCAAACGCAGAGGACAUUGGCACAGAGAUCCCGAAUGUCCUUUGAAUCAAGGCCGAGGUGGAGCCACAGACCGUACUGAGAAUAAGGACGGCAGCGGUGCAACUAAGGAGGGCUACAUCGUCCAGAUUGCCUACGAGGUUGGCGACAAUGGAGACCGUGACGGGCUCUACGCGAUCACAGACUGUGCCUGCAGCAAGACCGUCGCCGGACAGCGAUGGAUCCAGGACUACAUCGGCAGUGCAAAGCGAUCCGGCUGGGAGCCACAGCUGAUCCCAUGUGAUGACGAGUUUCGCUUCGGAGCAUCAAAGCUGUUCAAGGCCAACUACACCGCCACCAUUGUCAUCCACGUCGAAGACAAGAGCUUCAUGGUCCGAGCAGCCGUCGUCAGUGGAGACGUGCCUCUCCUUCUUUCACGGGGAGUACUCGCCCGAUUGGGGAUGAUCUACGACAUCGAGAACCACCGAGCGGACUUCAAGAAGCUGAACAUCACGAACCACAAGCUGUGCUACACCGCCAGUGGCCACCCUGCAGUGCCAGUCUCACCUGUCCAGCGCCGCGGCCUCGAAUACCCUGAUCCACAAGCGUGGGGGUCUCGCGAGGUGAUCAUCAACAGUGUGCCUGCUCCGGUAUACACAGCUUUUAUGACAGGGAACAGGGAAGUGAGCCUAGAGGUACAAGCCCCCGAACCACAUCAAGUACUUCCAGCUACGUUGUUCUUUCCAAAGAAGGUUGAUUCCGCCGUCUACAACAUGUUAUCAGCUGAAGCCUUCGACCCUACCGCCUUCUCCUCAUGGUGGAGCACAACAAAGCACUGUAACGACUUCUGGAUUGAGGGCCCUGCCGAAUGGAUCCGUGUUCACAUCAUCCCACGAAAGAACAUGUUUAGCCCAGAGCAUUGGAGAACUACAAACCUCGACCACAAAGUCAACCUCCAAUGCCUCUCGCCGCAUUGUGGGUCGGAAGAACAGUGUUUGCGAAAGCAGCCCGCCGCCUUUCCCGCGAACCCUCGACUCAUGUCCAAGGCAGCCGGCAGCAAGUCUCCAUGGCAGAUGACGAAGGCCGAGUUGAUCCAGUGCGCCACCGACAUGGGGGUGACCGUUCACUCGUCCUGGACAGCGCCCGAAAUCAGAUCGAUCAUCCAAGAACGGCGCCAGAAGAACAAUACUUCAACAAUCCCGAAAGGACUGUCGAGUAUGACCUUGGCGGAGUUACAGGCAAAGGCCAAGGAGCUCAAUGUGACGAUCAACUCCCACAUGGGAAAGGGCGAGAUCAUGAGGGCCAUCAGGGACUUCACGCGGGCCCCCGACGAGGAAGUGGUGACUUUCGGGAGGUUCCGCAACUACAUGUUCAAGGAAGUGCCCGAAAGCUACCUGCAAUGGUCCAUCCGCGAGACGACGGCGAACAAGGGGGCGAGCGACGACUUGAAGAGGCUCGCCGCAUGGGCUUCGACCAGGGAGACCCCGACCAUCGAGGACCCCGAGGACCACGCGAAGAUCCCCUACCACCCGGAUGCCGAGACGAGCUCAGUGGGAGGAUCGCUGUCGAGUUGGUCGGUGGCAGAUCAACGCCCGCUGCCUCCGAGUGGUUAUGCAAAGGCAAAGGCCAAGGCACCCGGGCAGGGAACCAAGAAGGCUCGCGAGGAGAUGGGCACACCAGCACCCAUGCAGCAGGACCUGCCGCCGGAGGUCGCAGAGGAGCUCCGGGCGCUUGCUACUCGCUUGGUCGAGCCCCAAGAGCAGUCGGACCGCAGCUAUGAGCCGACUGCCAGUAUGAGCCCUGGCUGUGAAGAUGCAGGUGGGCAUGACGAUCGCCAUUUUGGCCCAUUUUUGUCGAGUCCAGGAGACCUGGACCCAAUCUCUGGUCGUCCGGAUGACGAGGAGAUUUUCUUUGAUUGCGAGCCCGAGACCCCAUGGGAAAGCACUGCGUUCGAGACCGGCGAGUUCUUGGAGUGUUACGAGGCGCAGCUCCCAGAUGUGAAGGCAUUGGAGAAACGUGCAAAGGAGCUCCGCCAAGCUAAGGACUACAGCCCGGGAGUUUGUGAAUGGUUCAUCAAGAAGCUUUGUGAGUUAGCCGGGCAUGUCCCCCGCCGAUCGUGCCAAACAAGGGGAAAGCUCCUCGUCCUCGGCGGCUACGUUCAUGGAGGAAUCACUGGGGUGACCGCAAAGAGCCACGCCUUCAAGGAGGCCGCCCGCUACCUCAAUGGCUACAUCAAGCACCAUCUACCCGGACGAGGCCGAUGGACCAGCCUCUGCAUCAACGUCGGCAACAUGGCCGGACCCCACCGGGACUCCAACAACUACCGCCGGAGCUACAACUACACCACCUCCUUUGGCCAAAAGUCGGGUGGACGAGUGUGGAUCGAACGCGGAGAACAAGAAGGUCUGGAAGGAGAACCGCACGCACUCCAGCUGGACCAGCGAGAGGCGAUCCCGGGCAUCUUUGUCAACACCAACGAGAAGGUCAUCAAGUUCCACCCCCACCGGAAGCACUUCGUAGAGGCAUGGACCGGAGAACGGGCUUCUUUGACGGGGUACGCCAUCCGUAGCGUCGGGAGCCUGACCCGAGACGAGCGAGACUUUCUGCGAAGUCUCGGUUUCCCAAUCACCGACAACCUUGGCAACAACGACGGCAACACCGCCUACGUGAGCGACCUGGACCAGGGCAACUGCUCCGACGAGCACGUCAAGGAGGAAGUCACUAAGCGACCAAGGAAGAGCACAAGACGAAAGCUAUGGAAGAGUGCUGCGACUGCCGGUAGCAUCCUCGCGCUCACCAUGAACGCUGCCACCGCCUACGCGUGCGACUUCUACCCCAAACCUACUACAGGAGUGGCGCUACAGGAGGUUGGUGGCGAAGAGGAGACUUACAAAGCCGCUGAGCUGGGACACGAUGUCGCCGAACCCUUCGGCAACGACGUUUGGUACAGCGAGCGGACCUACAAGGAGUUCAGUGAGAACCUCCAAAGCCUUGCCCCACGUGUUUUGUGGAUUCAUGCAGGAGACCACCCGGUCCUGAAGGACCGGAUGAAAGACGCUGCCAACGCCCAGUUGGACCGAGGAGGAACCGUUGUGUACGAAGCCUCUGAGGGGUCCCCUUUGUGGCGGGACAGUGACUUGUUGAAGAUCCAAGCCGAGAACUACUACAAGUUUGACGUGAUCGGCGACGCCAGCUACUUGUGGGUGAGGCGAAGUCCAUUCCGUGACCUACCACCAGUUCGGGAGAUCUACGCGGCCGAGGCCAGGAGCUCCGAAGAGCCAACCGCGGUCGGGGCAAGUGCCAUUUCCUUUGACAAGGUCGUCGCCCCUCACGUACAAGCGGCUCUUACACGACUGCACCAAAACCUCGGACACCCGGCGGCCACGGACCUGACUAGGCACUUGCGCCUGGCCGGGGCCAGUGAGGACAUCAUAAAGAUCGCCAAGGGCAUGCGCUGCCAGGUCUGUGCUAGGAAUAAGAGAGCUUCCGCACCAAGGCCGGCAUCACUCCCCUCCUUCCUCGACUUUAACCAGUUGGUCAGCGUCGAUGUUUUCCACGUGUUUGACAUCAACCGAAAGCGCCAUGAGAUGCUCUCUGUUGUGGACCACGGUACCACCUUCCAUUUGGUGAAGCGACUAGAAGGGCAUUCCGCCAAGAGCUUCGAGCACGCCUUCGUCGACAUUUGGGCAAAUACUUUUGGAGCACCGGGGUGCAUAGCCGCAGACCUGGAAACCGGCUUACAGGCUGGAUUGGCAAAGUACUGUGAGUUUGCCGGUGUAAAGCUACGUGCUGCAGCAGGUCAAGCACACUGGCAACAGGGAACCGUUGAACGGCAUGGUCAAUGGCACCAGGACAUUCUCCAGAAGAUCAUCGACGAGCAGUCCGUCGGGGAGGACGACAUUGAUCUGGCCGUGACCGCGGCCAACCAGGCGAAGAACGAAUUGCGUCGGAGACACGGAUAUUCACCAUGUCAGGCCGUGUUCGGAAAAGAUCCCCGGCACCCCGAGGAUCUCAUGGAUGGGAACGACGAAGAGCGGGCUAUGGAGAUGAUGACUGCAGAUCGUAAAAGACAGAGAGAGGUUGCACUCAGGACGGCAGCUCGCACUGCCUUCUACCGUUCACAAGUUGAUGUAAAGUUGAGAAAAGGACUCAUCCAGAGAGCCCGUGUCAAGAAAGGGUCCUACGCCGUCGGGGAAAUGGUCUGCUUCUACCGCCUCGGCAAGUCCGGGACAACCAACAAAAGGGGCCAGUGGAGAGGUCCAGGUCUUAUCUUGGGCAACGAUGGCGGCAACUGGUGGAUAAGCUAUGCCGGACGGUGCCAUUUGGUGGCAGAAGAACACAUGCGGCCGAGCACAGCGGAAGAGCUUGGCAGCUUGUUCUCUUCCCAGAUCGCCCGUAAGGACCUCGAAACGUUGUUGUUUGCGGACCCCGACGAUCCGGGCAACUAUGCUACUGAAGAGGAGGAAGGGGACUGCGAAAUGGAAGCCGACAACCCCGAACAGAACGAGCCGCCGUUCGAGCACGACCUUGCGAACGAUGACGCCAUGGCGGAGCCAGAGGUCGCCCCGCCAAGAAGCAACUACGGACCUGAAGGACGACGCCGAAGACAAAAGAGCCGGCCGCCGGGAAGCGAACCCUAUGAAGCACUCAUGAUGAAGACCGCCACCACCGAAAGGUCCCGCGAGAAACAGCGCGAGAAAGAACUUCCGUGGCGACUCAUACCCCCCGAGCAGCACCAGGCCUUCAAGGAAGCGGAGGCCAAACAGAUCAAGGAACACCUGGACCACGCGGCCCUGAGUAUCCUGACCUACGAGGAGACCGUUGCCGUCCUCAAGGUCACGCCCCCGGAGCGCAUCCUGAAUUCUAGAUGGGCAUACAAGGAUAAGAACUACGCCAAGCGCAGAGAGAACAACGCCCUGCCCUGGAAAGCCAAGGCACGACUCAUCAUUGGAGGACACAAGGACCCCGAUGUUGCUUCCCUUGUGACGGAUGCUCCGACUGUCAACCGCCUCUCCGUCCUGAUCUUGAUGCAGAUCCUCUCCUCACACCUUGACGACCCAGAGCCGUGGUGUGCAAGUGCAGGCGACGUCAACGCCGCAUUCCUGAAUGGACCACCGCUUCAGCGAACGCUGUUCAUGCGACAGCCAAGGACCGGGAUACCGGGAAUGGAGAGAGACGCCCUCUUCAAGGUCGAGAAGGGGAUAUUCGGACUACCUGACUCCCCGCGAGGCUGGUGGGACGAAGUACAGAGGAUCAUUGACGACAUCGAGAUGAACCACGACAAGGAGACCUACCACCUCGUGCCGUGCGCCCUGGACCCGUGCGUCUACUACCUCGUCCCAGGACAAGACCGACGCGGCACCCCGCGAGCGUACCUGUGCAUCCACGUCGACGACUUACUAGUCGUCGGGCCGAGAAAGCUCGCCGUGAAGCUGCGGGAGACCCUCAGCCAGCACCUCCCCAUCGAGGAAUGGGAAGAGAACAGCUUCGACUACAUCGGGUCACAUUUCGAGGUGAAAGAGGACUGCGUCGAGGUGACCCAGACAGCCUACGCUGCCACCCGACUUUUUACGGUCGAUGUGGACAAAGCACACCGCGAUCAAGAAGGAGCCACUACCGAACAGAAGACGGACAACCAAAGUCUGAUUGGUGGACUUUCAUGGCUGGCCGUACAGUCCCGGCCAGAUCUCCAAGUGUCCGUCUCUAUCGCUCAGCAGAUGCAGAAAGACCCUUCUAUCGAGGAUGUGAGAUUCACAAACUCGACAUCACGGAAAGCAGUCAGCUUCAAAGACAAUGGGCUGAAGUUCACCAAGAUCGACCUCAAUGACCCCGUGCUCAUGGUGUUCCACGAUUCCUCGUGGGCUAAUGUCGUCCCCUUAGAAGGUGAAGAUGGAUUCCGCCUAAGCCGUGAAGAUCACGAGAAAGGAUUCAUGACAGAGGUGCCCAGUGACUUCCAGGUCCGCAAAGCAAAGAGGGCUAGCACGAAGGUUGCCAGCCAGUACGGGAUCCUCAUCCUGGCCACCGACCAGGAGAAGCUACGAGAAGGAGGACUGUGCAACAUCCUCGACUGGAAGUCUUCAACGGCAAAGCGCGUUUGCCGGUCCACCUUCGCCGCCGAGUCCAUUGCGUGUUCUGAAGGGCUAGAGCAAGGGCAGUAUGUGAGAUCGGUCUUUAUGACAAUCCUCAAAGGGGAGCUGCAAAAGGUCGAAGACCUCGAAGGAAAGCACUUGAGGUGCUUCACAGACUGCCGGUACGCCGGUAAGCUUCCUCUUGACUGGUCAAGGGAAUUUAUCGGAUCCCAUUCCGAAGCGAGCGUCGCUGCCGACCGGAUCAAGGCCCCGCGGCCGUCACCUCCUCGAGUUCGCGAGGCUCCACCCUCUCCUCCGCGUAGAUCCGAGGCUCCGCCCUCUCCGCCGAAAAUAGCCCAGGAUCAGGCUGUGGCACCGAGCAAGGACAACAAGCUGGCUUGGGACUGCGAUUUAAAGGCCUCGCCGGCUUUUGAGCUGGAUCUGGGAAAGCUGGAUCCUCUCCCCUUCGCUCCCGACACGGCGGAUCUCAAGAGCGAGGACGCGCGGCCAACCAUCAGCUUCUUCGACAUGCUGAAAGAUCUGGAUUAG